AUGAAUCCCUAUGCCCCCUUCAACUCUCAGGUGGACUGGGAAGUUGCACAGUGGGCUAAAUUAUGCGGUCCAACUUCAACCACAUUUUCAAACUUACUCAGUAUCAACAGAGCCCAUGAAAAGCUUGGUCUUUCCUACAAAAACUCAAGGGAAUUGAACAAGAUCAUCGACAAGCAGCUUCCUGGUCGCCCAAAGUUCAGGUGUGAACAAAUUGUUGUUUCAGGCAAGGCCUUCGACAUUUUCUAUAGGGAUGUUAUCGAGUGUGUCAAGGCUCUGUAUGGCGACCUGGAUUUUGCAGAUUUUCUGGUCUUCGCACCAGAAUGCCACUAUGCAGACAAGGAAAAAACUGUCCAAUUGUUCCAUGAUAUGCAUACUGGUAAAUGGUGGUGGGAUAACCAGAAAAAGCUUGAUCAGCGCAAACUGGGUGCUACUAUCAUUCCAAUUAUCAUUUCGAGUGACAAGACUCAAGUAACGAAGUUCCAAAAUAAAACAGCCUACCCACCCUCUCGUCGUGCCCAUAUUCUUCUCGCUUAUCUUCCUACCACCUGUCUCGAGCACAUCACCAACAAGGCUUCACAAUGCCGAACCAUUGCAAACCUGCCCUUAUUUUCUUGUUUCAUUGGUCACUACCCCGAGCAAGUCUUGGCUACAGGAGUCAAAGCCAUGGAAUGUCCCAAAUGUGACAUACCACCAGACAAACUUGGAAGAAAUGCCACACCUUUCAAGAUGCGCAACCUUAACGUCGUCCUUGAUGCAUUGGCUGCAAUUGACCAUGGAGAUAUCAAAUUUGUGCAUGCAUGCCACAAAAAUGGAAUUAAACCCAUUAUACAUCUGUUCUGGGAGCCUUUACCCUAUACCAACAUCUUCCAAGCCAUCACACCAGAUGUACCCCACCAAUUAUAUCAGGGUCUAAUCAAGCAUCUCCUUGGUUGGCUGGCCAAGGCAUUUGGAGCAGCCGAAAUAGAUGCCAGAUGUCAGAGGCUCCACCCAAAUCACCAUAUUCAUCUAUUUAUGAAAGGCAUCACUAGCCUCUCACGAAUUAGUGGUACGGAGCAUAGUCAGAUAUGCCAUUUUCUACUUGGCAUCAUCGUCGACAUCCGGCUCCCCAACCAACUUGCACUGAGCUGUCAGAGUUCCGAAACAUUGACUCUUCUCGUGGAAGCUCUGGAUCUUUUCCAUGACAACAAGCAGAUCUUUCUCCAUGCAGCCCAGCACUAUAUGUCGAUGAUCCAGACUUUUGGCAUGACUGACAAUUAUAAUACAGAAUAUACUGAGCGCCUCCACAUUGACUUGGCCAAAGAUGUGUAUUGCACGACAAACCACAAAGAUGAGUUUAUCGUUCGACAUGAGAGGUAUCAUCCGAGUGUGAAAAGUGUCCCAAUUCAGAAAUUAGUCACAGAGUAUGGGGCCAUGUACUUUUGUGAGGCACUUGUGAGAUAUGUUGCACAGCUGCAUCAUCCACAUGAAGCCACCACUCAUUUCUGCCUCGAAGACCUUGCUGCCACUAUUCACCUCCCAUUCCGUACACUUCCCGUGUAUCACAUAGUCAAAUGUGAUCUGUGUGUCAUGGUGGAUAGCGUGCACAUCAAGCCUCACCAUGUAGCCACCAGUCUAACAGGCACUGAUGUCCCAGCACGAUUUGAUACUGUGCUUAUUAAUGAUGGGACUGGCCAUUCUGUAGGUAUUGAAGGUCAGCUUGUAAAGGAUGCAAAAACUGUGCUGAUUGUCACAAAUUACAAAAUGCUGAAUGAGAACACUUACCAGCCACAACAUGUGUGUCGUGUACUGGGGUCAGGCAAUGUGGGUAAAAGCCGAACUUCACGGGGUCCUCUUGAGCUCACGACUGGGGGAAGUGCUUCAUAUAAAUGGAGAACACCAAUGAGGAGACUGCAUGCGGGGGGACGCUGGGAUACGUGUGUAUGA